UAGCUGUGUGUGUGCACGCAUGAAUAUGUCCUCGUCUAUAACUGCUGAACCCUGUUCAAACAGUGUGUUGUGACCAGCUGGUGUAUUUUCUCCUAGAGGCUGAUGCCACAGUCUACAUGAAAUUCAUGAAAAGUCACCACUGUUAUGAUGCCAUUCCAACCAGCUGUAAACUGGUCAUAUUUGAUACCACACUACAAGUGAAAAAAGCCUUUUAUGCACUGGUGGCAAAUGGCUUGAGGGCUGCACCACUAUGGGACAGCAAGCUGCAGAGAUUUGUGGGUAUGCUGACUAUUACAGAUUUCAUCAACAUCCUUCACUGCUAUUACAAGUCCCCCAUGGUUCAGAUGUAUGAGCUUGAGAGCCACAAGAUAGAAACAUGGAGAGAUGUUUAUUUGCAGUAUUCCAAUAACUUCCUCAUUAGUAUCUCUCCAGAGGCCAGCCUCUUCGAAGCCAUCUAUUCCUUACUCAGAUACAAAAUCCACAGGCUGCCUGUAAUCGAUCCAGAGUCUGGGAAUGUCCUGCACAUUCUGACCCACAAAAGAAUCCUCAAGUUCCUCCAUAUAUUUGGGAAAAAACUUCCCAAGCCUGCAUUCACAAAGAGGCCGAUCCAGGAACUUGGGAUAGGAACUUUCAGGAACAUCGCCACUGUCCAGCAAACAGCAUCGCUUUAUGAUGCCCUCUCUAUAUUUGUGGAGAGGCGGGUGUCUGCCCUGCCAGUGGUGGAUGAACAAGGCAAAGUGGUGGCACUCUACUCAAGAUUUGAUGUCAUUAACCUAGCAGCCCAGAAGACCUACAACAAUCUGGACAUGACGAUGCAGGAGGCUGUUGAAAAGCGGAUAUGUUGCGUUGAGGGAGUUAUUAAGUGCUAUCCAUAUGAAACCUUGGAAAUCAUUAUAGACCGUAUAGUUAAAGCUGAGGUCCAUCGGCUGGUCCUGGUGGACAGGGCUGAUGUGGUGAAAGGCAUCAUCUCUCUGUCUGACCUGCUGCAGGCAAUGGUCUUAACCCCAGCAGGUAUUGAUGCCCUCUUGUCCUAGCACAAGGGGAAAGAGGGUCCCCCUCCCCUCCUUUAGCACCUGUGUAGGCUUGAGUCCUGGCAGUGCACCCAGGCAGAAAUUGACAUGUGACUGAAAUGAGCGCUCAUACCAGAAAGAAAUAAUCCCCAACUCUACUGCUGUUUAUAUGCUUUCUGGACCCUAAUGCCUCAAUGCAUCUGCACAGCUCCACAACACAAAGCAGCAUUUGAUCAGCUUGGUCAGUAAAUGUUUACUGAUUUUGAUAACAUUUCUCUAUUAAAUUUGUAUUUAAGCUUGUUGUGUUGUCUUUUCAGUGCCUCGCCUCUAAAAAAAAACCUCAAGUAUUUGGCCUUCAGUUUACUUCACAGAUUUUCAGUGCCAUUCAAGUCACUCCGGUUCUUGAUCCUUAAAAAAGCUUUGAUCACUUUGUAUAUCCAUCUCCUGCUUUGUGGGCAUCAAAAGCUCUUUUUCCUCAAGUCUAAUUUCCUUUGUUUUUUUCACAAGUGACAGCUCAAACCCUUAAUGAAAUUUUAAAUCUGUUUAAUCUUUAUAAGCGUUGCUAUUAGUGAAAAUACAAAUCAUUUGUUUUCUAAAGAA